AUGGAGAAUGUGUCAUCUGGGCAAGGCAAUAAAAAAAUUACUAUGGCCUCUUACCAGCUGUCUUUGCUAAUAGCAAAAAAUAGCGCUCCGCACACAGCAGGCGAGAACCUUAUUUUGCCCGGAGCAAAAAUAAUUUCGUCACUUCUGCUUGAUGAAAAAUCAGGUCAACAGAUAGGUCAAAUACCCCUAUCCAACACUACAGUGAAACGUAGGAUUGAGGAAAUGUCUGCUAACGUAAAGGAGAUUUUAAUAUCUGCUGUGAAAGAAAGUGACUUUUAUUCUUUACAAUUAGACGAAAGUACAGAUAUUGCUGACAAUGCUAAUUUGUUAUGUUUUGUAAGGUUUAAUCUCAAUGGAUCAGUUGAAGAAGACAUUUUAUUUUGCCACUCACUAAAGACCAGUACAACUGGCCAAGACAUUUUCAACUCCUUGGAUAGUUUUAUUCGCGAACAUGGAAUUAACUGGUCGAAAUGUGUCGGGCUUACAACCGAUGGAGCUCGUGCUAUGUCGGGAAAAUAUACGGGCCUAGUAGGUAAAGUCAAGGAAGUAGCUCCGUUAGUUGAAUGGACCCACUGCAGCAUCCAUAGGGAGGCUUUGGCGGUUAAGGGAAUGAAUCCAGACCUCAAAAGCACUCUUGAUGAUGCCGUAAAAAUUGUGAACUUAAUAAAAGCACAAUCAAAAAACACUCGGAUGUUCGCUGUAAUGUGUGAUGAAAUGGGAAGCGACCAUAAGCAGUUACUUCUACAUUGUGAAGUGCGUUGGUUGUCACGGGGAAAGGUGCUUUCCAGAUUGUUCGAACUUCGAGACGAAGUUAGAUUGUUUUUGGUUCAAAUUGAACACGAUGGCAAAGAAAAGGCCAAACAUUUUCUUUGCGAUUGCCUCAAUGAUGAGACUUGGCUGAUAAAACUGUCAUACCUAGCUGACAUUUUUAGCUCUCUAAACAUCCUAAAUCUUACAUUACAAGGAGAAGAUGUACAUCGGUUCUUUGUUCAAGAUAAAGUGGAUGCUACUAUUAAGAAAAUAGAUAGAUGGCAUAAAAAGGUACAAGCAAAUAAAUUUGAUGCAUUCCCAUUGAUGAACGAAUUUGUGGAUUUCCAUGAGCUGACAGUCGAUUCUGUAACCUCAGAAAUUAUAAUUGAACACUUACAAGGCUUGUCAUCCGAACUGAGGCGAUACUUUCCACCAAUAGUAGCUACUAAUAAGUGGAUACAAAAUCCAUUCGACGAGGAUAAUUUAAAGAACGUCAACUUAGCAGCAUUUGAGCAUGUUGAGAGUAUGCCCUUAGAUAGACAAGUGAUGGAAAAGCCUGAGAUUGAAAGUGAACACGUGAGGCCUGAGAACGUGAGGAAACAGGACUACAACACGCUGUGGAGGCCUUUUAUCACCGAUUAG